AUGGCGGUGGUGCCGAGCCCUUGUGGAGGCAAUGAUACAGUACAGCUAGGAGGAGAGGAGUCGGCUCUUAGGAAGAAGGUAGUGGUCCUUAUGGACUCAGGGUGCACAGAACACCGGGCUUCCGCAGACCAAACGCGACGCAGCCGCGUGACGUGCUGUGUAGAGUGCACUAUUUCUCUAAAGGAGGAUAUCAUGGCUAAAGCCCGUGCAGCUGGCACGGUGGAUUUUGAUGGAGCACAGCUUUCACUGAGGAAUGGGAAGACGCAUUUGUUCCGUGCCCCUGUUGAUCUGGAACCCUUCCUCGCAGCGAUCGAACUGCCACCAGUGAUCUUGGAUGCCUGGCCGGAUGCCCCAUUGCCCCCUUUCACCGUUGUCCCCUUGGGAGAACAGUGGCACCUGGUCUCGCCGAAACCCCGCAGAGACCGCAGGUAUUGUAUUGAAGACUAUCUUCUCAGCAUAGCUAAUGUGCAAGAUGAUGACCAGGCAAAUUAUACAUGUGUUAUCCAUAGUGAACUGGAUUCAGUGAACAGAUCUGCUCCUUUAAUCAUGCUCGAUUUACCAGAGCCUCCUCACAACUUGGAACUCUCUGACCCUCAAGAUACAAGUGUGACUUUAAGUUGGACCCCAGGAAAAGAUAACAAUAGCCCCAUUGAAGAGUUCAUUAUAGAAUUUGAGGAAGAUAAUUUUGAACCUGGAAUUUGGCAUGAACUGAAACGGGUUGCUGGAACUGAAAACUUGGCACACCUGGACCUUUCUCCUUAUGUAUAUUAUCAGUUCCGAGUUAUUGCAGUAAAUGAGCUGGGACCAAGCAACGGAAGCAAGCCUUCAGAUCGCAUCAGGACACCAGAAGCAGCUCCUUCAAACAACCCCAUUGAUGUUCGAGGAGAAGGCACAAAACCCAAUAACAUGAAAAUAACAUGGAAGCCUGUGAGAGGAAUUGAGUGGAAUGGACCUGGUUUUGCUUACAUUGUGAAGUGGAGAAGAGAAAAUCAGAAUGAGGAAUGGAGGGAGAAGAGGGUCACAGAGCCUUAUGUCUUUGUAGAAGAUACCAAUACAUUUGUGCCUUAUGAUAUUAAAGUUCAGGCUGUCAAUGAUCUUGGGAAAGGUCCUGAGCCUAAAGUUGUCACUGGCUACUCUGGAGAAGACUAUCCCCAAAGUAUCCCUGAAAAUGUUGGUUUAGAAGCUGUAAAUGACAGUACUAUAAAAGUGGCAUGGUUGCCUGUGCAGAAGGAUGGAUUAAACGGUCACCUAAAAGGAUUUGUGAUCCGUUAUGCUGCUCAGAAUGAGAGACAUACACAUAAGAUAACUGUGUAUGGUAAUGUUACCCAUGCAAACAUCAAUGGCCUAAAGCCUUUCACCAACUACUCAAUCACAGUUCAUGUGCUCAAUGGCAAAGGUGAAGGCUCAGAAAGUGAGACAAAGACCAUCAGAACAGAAGAAGGAGUUCCCAGCCCACCUUCUGGAUUACAUGUUGAACGGCUGUCUGAAACAUCUCUUGCACUGUUUUGGGGACCUCCUGAACAUCCUAAUGGAAUCCUAACAGGCUACAAGAUUUCUCAUCACUUGGUGAAUAAGCAUCAUACUGACUCAUUUUUACUGCAAACAAUCAAUGAUCCAACUCAACAAAACUGGACCUUUUACAACAUAAGUGCCAAGGAUACAUACAGAUUCUAUGUGUAUGCCAAGAACUCUGUUAAAGAAAGUUUACCUGCCGAGAUAGAGGGUAGCACAAUGAAAGAGCUAGAAUUUCCACCAGUCCUAAACAUUACAGUUUCAAUUACUGACAAGUGUAUCAGUUUUAAAUGGAGGCCGCUGGAUGGACUGAGAAAUGGUGAAAUUCGAGUGCAAAUAAAAAAUAAAAGCAGUAAGUAACCAUGGCAGCUCCAUGGUGUUGUCAAUGCAUCAGAUGCAGAGUACAAGUUGCAUGAACUGCAAUCAGGGAAGACUUAUCACAUCCGUUUAAUGGCCUUAAACUACAGUGGCUUUGAGGAGAUCUGGAAGAAUGAAGUGCAGACUUCACCUAUAGCUGUUGGUGUUACUCAGAAAGGAUUCGCUACAGAGGGCUGGUUUAUUGGGCUUAUGAGUGCUAUUGGACUGCUCCUGCUUAUCCUUCUCAUCCUGUGCUUCAUCAAACGCAGCAAAGGGGGAAAAUACUCAGUGAAAGACAAAGAAGAUACUCAGGUGGAUUCUGAAGCAAGACCAAUGAAGGAUGAAACAUUUGGGGAAUACAGAUCUCUGGAGAGUGACAAUGACGAGAAGCCAUUCACCAGCAGCCAACCUUCCCUGAAUGGAGACGUAAAGCCACUUGGAAGCGAUGACAGUCUGGCCGACUAUGGUGGAAGCGUAGAUGUCCAAUUUAAUGAGGAUGGUUCCUUCAUUGGCCAAUACAGCGGCAAAAAGGAAAAGGAAGCCACUGGUGGCAAUGACAGCUCUGGCGCAACCUCUCCAGUUAACCCUAAAAUCACAAUUGAAUAGAGAAACACAUUGUGAGAGAAACACAUAAUGAAGGUUAUA